AUGCGGCCCCGAUCCAGCCGUCGCAACCAUACGGCUUCGCCUAUCAACAAGCGGCUCCAGCCCGCGACUUUGACUUUUGGACAGCCGUAUCAACAACCAUAUGCUCCCAAUACCAUUACCCUUCCGGGCAAGCGUGCCGGACGUACUCGAGUUAGCCAUACCCCAGUGGUGACCUCGUCCAAGCCCGACGAAAUGACGGCCAGCGGCCAAAACGUCUGUGGUCGUUGUGAUCGUCGUGGACAUGGCGCCAGCGAAUGCUAUCGACGGACUAUGCGCUGCAACUCUUGCGGCCAGAUGGGACACUACCCAGGAGAACAUGUCAAGCUCUGCCACUUCUGUGGCCAGCCUGGACACACCAUUGCCAAGUGCCCAUCCAAGCCCGCAAAUCAAGCCUGA